UCGACUGAGGAGUCCUUGAAGACGGCGAGCGACUUAUAUGCGUCCACUGACAACUUCGAUACCGAAACUAAGAAGGGGUGUUGUGAUGGUAUGUUGGUGAAAUGCAACGGGGAAAGGCUCGCGCAGAUAACCCCAGUUGCCUGGAUGAUUCUCUUCGGAGACAGCGUUCACAACAUGAUGGAUGGACUAACCAUUGGGGCGGGGUUCACUCAAAGCCUCUCUAUUGGAAUAACGCUUUGUAUUAGUAUAAUGCUGGAAGAGCUGCCUCACGAAUUUGGGGACUUCGCGAUCCUCCUUUCCGCAGGAUUUUCCGUCAAAUGGGCAUUAAUCUGCAACUUUCUGUCCUCGUGUUCCGCCUACAUUGGCCUCAUUAUCGGGCUGGCUAUUGGUGAAGUCCCAUCCGGAGCGACGGUGGUAUUCGCUCUGACUACGGGUUUCUUCCUUUAUAUCAGUCUCUCCGAUAUGGUGAGAAGGCCGCUUACGCUUCAGAAUUCUUACAGUAAAAUGUUAAAAUAA